AUCUAUAAGCAACCUCACCAUUCUUCGUGAAAACCCUCAAGCCUCGUCCUCUCGCUCUCUCCUGAGUUGUAUUUAUCGUUAAUGGCGAAAUAGGGUUUUAGAAAGAGAGCGAGGAAUUGGUAGUUUGCGAGAGAGACUGCUCAAAUGUAUUCUCUAAUAGCGAAACCCUCUUCCUUUGUGUCUCAAUCUUCGUCUUCUUCCUCUCCGCCUCUUCUCGUAUUGAAUCGUUCUCAGCUGUACUCUUCAAUCCGCUUCCCGAGGAAGAGGAAGAGCAGAGGAAGAUUCGCUUUGAGAGCCCAGUCUUUCGAAUCUCCUCCGAACAAUUCUUCAAACGCCAACGAUUCCAAACCCCCUAACGGCUCUUUUCAGCCAAAAAGCAGGAGGGAUAUUCUAUUGGAGUAUGUAAAAAAUGUGCAGCCAGAAUUCAUGGAAUUGUUUGUGAAGAGAGCACCCCAACAGGUGGUUGAUGCAAUGCGCCAAACUGUAACAAAUAUGAUUGGAACACUACCCCCACAAUUUUUUGCGGUGACAGUAACGACGGUUGCUGAAAAUCUUGCCCAGCUCAUGUACAGUGUUAUGAUGACUGGAUAUAUGUUUAAGAAUGCUCAAUAUAGGUUGGAACUGCAACAAAGUUUGGAGCAGGCUGCUCUUCCUGAAGUACAAGAGAAAAAAGAUGAUCAGGAUUAUGCACCAGGCACACAAAAGAAUGUGUCAGGCGAAGUUAUCCGAUGGAAUAAUGUCUCUGGUCUUGAGAAAAUAGAUGCUGUGAAGUACAUUGAGUUACUUGAAGCAGAAGUUGAAGAACUGAACCGUCAAGUUGGAAGAAAAUCUGCUAAUGGACAAAAUGAAUUGUUGGAAUAUCUCAAGUCUCUUGAGCCCCAAAAUUUGAAAGAUUUGACAAGUAGUGCUGGAGAGGAUGUUGUGCUGGCGAUGAACACAUUCAUAAAGCGCCUUUUGGCUGUUUCAGAUCCUGGUCAAAUGAAGACAAGUGUAACAGAGACGAGUGCUCCAGAACUUGCCAAGCUACUUUAUUGGUUAAUGAUGGUUGGCUACAGCAUUCGCAACAUUGAAGUUCGGUUUGAUAUGGAACGAGUACUCGGAACCCCUCCCAAACUUGCAGAGCUGCCACCUGGAGAGAAUGUUUAACGACAUGGUUUGGGACUUACUUCAUUAUGAGGAUCCAAUUUGACAGGCUGGUCCAGUUAUUAUAUUGUACCUGAAAGCAAGUAGCUACAGGCUCAAUGCACUGAUGACCAAUGGCUUGGGAAAACACAAUUUUUCUGUUUGGUUAGAAAAUGAUCAGAGGAAAUUAUUCAUCCAACGUUGAAUCCUAAUUAUUAGGCAUAAGUUAGUGUUCCACUUGUAAUAGCUCAGUAUGUCAUCCUUUCAACAAUCAUUCAACAAGUGAUUAAUUCGCUA